GUUAACGCCAAAGAAUGGCAUUGUUGAUAGUGCGGUCGAACCCUACCCUCUGCUACCGUGGACUUUAACUUAUAACAGAUAUGUCAUCUGUAUUAUUAUUAUAUAACGUCAUUUUAUCUACCUUGUCUAUGACAAUUUGUAUUUAAAAGAAAGAAUUAAAUUAUAACGGACACUCCGCUGUAAAAAUCCGAAAUAGUUGUUUCUUUCUCACCUUUGUAAUCCUGCAAAAUAGUUAAGAGAUCCUGUAGUCAGAAUCUCAUUGUGUAGAUUCAAUAAUUUACAUAAUUGGCGACCGUGUGACAAAACUACAAAGAAAUUGAGAAGAAAAUAAUCAAAUCCAGCGUGAGUCGGAGUAGCCAUCACCGAAACGUCAAAUUCGUUUCGCGGUAUCAGGCUCAAACAAAGAAGCCAUUGCUGCCAGGCCGGGACCCGCCAGUUCCGCAAGUACCAGGCGCAAUAAGAAAACCCAGCAUCGGACACCGCCGUAAUCGUCGGGCCGAAGAAAUCGUCGUUCCGGAGCAUCGGAACGGAACGCAGCCACUGCGUCCCGCAAAUAUCGGGACCAAUCUCCAAGAGGGACACUCAUCGAGCGCCGGCGUAGUCGUCAGGCCGAAUCAAUUCAGAUAAGUGCCCAAAAUCCACAUUAAAACAUCAUAUUCAUCCAUUCAUAUUCAUCCAUCCAUAUUCAUUCAUCACAAAUCCAUUUCGCAAUUCAUCCAUAGCUCCAAAUUCAUCCACAUAUCACGCACUAUUCGUAUAGGUAUCCAUUUGAAUAACACAUUCACUUAAUUAUUGUAAAUUUGCACCUCAUAAUAUCAUACGUGACUCAUACGCGUCAUCCACCAUUUAAAAAUUUUAACGGUACGUGCAUCGCAUCGGUCACUGCGCGGGCGACUAAACUCAACUCAGUUACGUAAUAUUGUACCUACAAGUACAUCGCGAGUGCAAAAAAGAUAAGAAACCGGUUUGGACAGACCGCGCGCGUCGUAUUUGCAUAGUUAUGUCGCUCAAAGAAUUAAUUUUAAAACGCAGCGCUAUUAAGGGCCGAAUAACUAAGUUUAAAAAUUAUCUGGCUAAAAUAAGUCAAGAGUCUUUAGAUACGUUGCAAUUAAGCGAGUUAAAAAUUAAGUUAAGUAGAUUCGAGCGCUUAGAUAGCGAGUUUUCGAAAUUACAAGGCCAGAUAGAAACAUUAAAUGAAAGUGAGCUUGAUGACGAACUGGAUACCCGCGAGGAAUUUGAAAACGAAUUUACUAGUUCCACCGCCUUGGCCCUCGACAUUGUAUCGCGUUAUGCGAACGUUCGCAGUGCUGAAGGGUCUCAUAACGUUUCACUAGCAGCCGAUGGUUCUAAUAACAGCCAAGAACAAGCCGUUAGUCACGAGAUCGGGUUCAAACUGCCACUUAUUCAAAUUUCAAAAUUUGAUGGCACAAUUUUCCGAUGGCUCGAAUUUCGCGACACAUUUAAAUCAUUAAUUCACGAUAAUGCUCGCAUCCUACCAGUUCACAAAUUCCAUUAUUUAAAUUCAUAUCUGGAAGGAGAGGCCGCCCGUGUUGUCGGAAAUUUGGAGGUUUGUGCCGCGAAUUACGACAAGGCGUGGGGCUUGCUAUGCGAGCGUUAUAACAAUAAGAGGCAGUUAAUAAGCAAUCACCUCGACGCUUUGUUUAACAUUGAAUUACUGUCUCGCGAAUCUGAACAUUCGUUACGCGCAUUAAUAGAUAACGUAAAUAGAAAUUUGCGCGCUUUAGCGAGUUUAGGCCAGCCCACCGAGCAUUGGGACACACUAAUUAUACAUAUGGUUUGUUCUAAGGUGGAUAAUCAAACUAGCAUGAAAUGGGAGGAGCACCGAAACACUUUGGAUGAGAUGCCAUCUUUAAAUCAAUUCAACAAGUUCUUAAAGGACAGAGCUGACGUUUUAGAGUCGUUUAAUCGAAAUAAGGCUCAACAUCAACGAACAUCUAAUCCGCCAAACGCGAGCGGUAAAAAUAGAAAUACAAAUCCACACAGGUCGGUAACUCUUACCUCACAAUCAAACACACAUGUUCGCAAUAUAAAUAAUAAGUUACGCGAUCCUUGUGUUGUAUGCAAGGGAAAUCAUGCAAUUUAUUCUUGCCCUACAUUCUUAAAUAAGACUCCUGAGCUGAGACUAGCUGAGGCUCAGAGGCUUGGGCUUUGUAUAAAUUGUCUGAUGUCCAACCAUCGAACUCGCCACUGCUAUGCGAGUCGUUGCCGCGAGUGUAAGGGGCGCCAUGCCACGCUCCUUCACAGACCUUGUCCAGCAGGGCGAGAUCAGAAUAGCUCCGUCGCAGCCCAGUCGGCUUCCGACGAUCUAUGUGUAAAUUUUUCCAGACAAUCCAUUGCUCACGUCAUGCUGUCUACCGUGUUGCUAGAAGUUUCAAACCCAGCGACCUUUAAGUCUGAGACAGUUCGUGCGCUACUGGACAGCGGCAGCCAGUCUAGUUUUUUGAGCAAGCGGGUCAAGGACAGCCUAAAUCUGGAGUCGAUACCCACCGACCUCAGAAUUGUAGGAAUAGGUAACACCAAAAAUAAUCGCGUGACUGAGAGGUGUUUUGUAAAAUUGAGAUCCCUACAAAGUGAGUACCAGACCGACUUAACUUGUUUCAUACUACCGCAGUUAACUACAAACAUACCAAAGUUACACAUUGAUCGCAAAUAUUUUAGCCUACCUUCAAACACUAAGCUUGCCGAUCCUGAUUUUAACAGCCCAGCGCCUAUUGAUGCGCUUAUAGGGGCGGAUCUGUACUGGGAGAUAAUGGGUUCUACUAUAAAAUCGUUAGGUGACGGAAGGCCAUAUUUAUGUAACUCGCAAUUCGGUUGGAUUAUUUCCGGACCAAUAGAAUUGAGUAGGUGCACAAAACAAAACAAUUGCAAUUUUGCUGUUACCGCGUUAUCGGACGAGCAAUUAGACAAUCAAAUAUCGAAAUUCUGGGAAGUCGAAGAGCUACCGCAGAAAUCACUUCUUAGUGAUAGCGAGAAAGUGUGUGAGCAACACUUCAAAACACACACAACUCGUUUAGAAUCCGGUCGUUUUAGCGUCCGAUUACCUCUUAAGGAUUCACCCACGACCUUAGGAAAUUCACUAAGUCAGGCUAAGAAACGAUUUUUCAACUUAGAAAAACGAUUUCGUAAGCAACCUGAAUUAAAACAGGCCUACCGCGAAUUCAUAAACGAAUAUAUAGACUUAGGUCAUUGUUCCGAAUUAACGAACUUUUCAUCAAAAUCGGGCUAUUUUCUUUGCCAUCAUCCAAUUAUUAGGCUAAAAAGCGAAUCAACUCGCUUACGAGUGGUCUUUGAUGGAACGGCGCCUUCUAGCAACGGAGUUAGUAUAAAUAGUUUACAGCUCAUAGGGCCUACUAUCCAAGACUCUCUUCUAUCCAUUAUAUUACGGUUUCGAUUACACAAAUACGUUCUCACCGGCGAUAUAGAAAAAAUGUAUCGGCAGAUAGAAAUUAACGAAAAGGAUCGAAAUCUCCAAUUGAUAUUAUGGCGGGAGGACGAAAAUGAACCGUUACGCGCAUUACAGCUAAAUACCGUUACCUACGGGUUCGCAAGCGCUAGCUUCUUGAGCACUAGGUGUCUUUAUCAACUAGGAGAAGAAUGCGUUGACGAAAAAAUCAAAACAAUAAUACAACAUGAUUUUUAUUACGAUGACCUACUAACGGGAGCCGAUACAAAGGAUCAGCUGUCUUACAUUUUAAAUUCUAUACAAACCUCGUUAAAGGAAGGUUGUUUCAAUUUAAGAAAGUUUCGUUCAAAUUUGCCUUGUAUUUUUCAAAAUUCUAACUUAAAUUUGGAAGACAAUCUAUGUCUUAGCAACUCAACAAGCGCGUUAGGUCUAGGUUGGGACCCUAAAUCUGAUAUUUUACAUUUUUCAUGCCAAACUCCGUUGGAGCGCAGAGCAGAUAUUAUGUCGAAGCGUCAAAUAGUAUCGAACACUUGUAAAAUUUUCGAUCCUCUAGGUUUAAUUUCCCCGUCCAUUAUUCUAGCUAAGAUACUCGUUCAAAAGAUAUGGACGCUCAAGUUAGAUUGGGAUCAACCAGUACCGCCUAACAUAAUAAAAGAGUGGGAUCGCGUGCAAGCGAACAUAGACGUUUUAAACACAAUUAAUAUUCCGCGUUAUGUGCUCUGCGACUAUCUUGUUAAAGUCGAACUUCAUUCAUUUUGCGAUGCCUCGAUGAGCGCGUAUGGCGCUUGCAUUUACUUAAAGUCAACAGACGCGCACGGAAGAGUGAGUGUUAAUCUUUUGUGUUCAAAAUCGCGAGUAGCACCGUCGGGAAAGCCGAUGACAAUUCCGCGUUUAGAAUUAUCCGCAGCAUUGCUCGCCGCUAGACUUUGCGUAUCGUGCCUAGAUUCACUUCGCACACCUAUAGUUAGCUGUGUGCAUUGGUGCGAUUCAAGUGUUGUGCUCGGGUGGAUAAAUACUAGUCCCAGUAAAUUAAAAAUGUUUGUGGCUAACCGAGUGGCUGAAAUUUGUGAAUCUACGCGAAGCAGUUCUUGGCGGCAUGUACCUACGGAAUCGAACCCGGCUGACCUUAUAUCAAGAGGUGUCGACGCCAUACGUUUAAAAAAUUCGAACCUCUGGUGGAACGGGCCUGGAUUCCUACGCUUAGAGGAAUGUUAAUGGCCUACUAAAAUAAACUGUAAGGGCACUUUCUAAUCGGUCGGCCUCUGACUGCGCUUCCGUCACCGCCCAUCGCAGACCUGAGCUCCAGCAGUCUCGAUCGUUACAAGAGGCUGGAGAAGGUGCGACAGCAAUUUUGGAGUCGCUGGCAGAAGGAGUAUA